AUGGGCACUUCUAUUCCCAUGGCUCUGGAAACCACACAGUCCAACUGCCAUGAUGACAUCAAGCAAGUUGACACACCCCACCCCACCAACCACGAGGACUUCAGCGACACCGGUGCCUACCACCCAGACUCCCACCGCCCUUACGUCACCCAAGACAACUUCAACCACUACUCAGACGACCACACAGACAAGGCUGACCACUAUCCCAGGUUGGACCUCCUGCCUCCCUGCACCUGUGACAAUGGUGGCAUCUGGGAACAAAGCCUGUGUCUUUGCCUCCCGGGGUACUCUGGGGACCGCUGUCAGUUCCAGGAGAUCAGGUGCCAGAAUGGGGGUACAUGGGAUGGCCUCAAGUGUCAGUGCCCCAGCACCUUCUAUGGUUCCCGCUGUGAGUUUGCUGUGGAACAGAUAGACCUAGACAAAGUGGACGCUGAAGUGGGCAUGGAGGUGUCUGUCGACCAGGUGUUCUCUCCGGACCUCAAUGACAACACUUCUAAGGCCUAUAGGGAUUUCAGCAACACUUUCCGGAAUCAGAUGCAGAAGAUUUACCAAAACGUGCAGGGGUUCAAGGAUGUGCAGAUCCUGUCUCUGAGGAGUGGCAGCAUCGUGGUGGACUACCUGGUCCUGCUGGAGCUGUCCUUCAGCCCCCAGCUGGACAGCGAGUAUGAGAAGGUGAAAACGGCCCUGAAAGAGCAGCUUCAGAAUGCCAGCCAGGAUGGGGACAGCUGCCACAGCAAACAAACCCUGUGUUUUAAGCCUGACUCCAUCAAGGUGAACAACAACACCAGGACAGAGCUGUCCCCGGAAGCCAUCUGCCGCCGCGCCGCACCCAAGGGCUAUGAGGAGUUCUACUUCCCCUUGGUGGAGGUGAACCAGCUCCGCUGUGUCACCAAAUGCACGUCGGGCGCGGACGGCGCCAUCGACUGCAACCAGGGCCAGUGCAUCGUGGAGAGGAGCGGUCCCGCGUGCCGGUCCUGGGAGGAGGACAGGAAGUGGCUCGAGAUCUGGGAUGAGGACAACGUGGGUACUUUUUCAAACAUGGGCUUCGAGGACAUCAAGAAAGUCAAGGAUGAAAACUUCCAUGUGGCCUUGGAGAACGUGGACACCAAUAUCGGGGUGCACAUCCAGAGACCUGAGGUGACCUCGUCAUCCUCAUUGUGAGCCCUGCCCAGGAUGGAACCAUCUGCAC